GGAUUACACCAGUGAUUACAAAAUUGCUUAUCAAAUAAGGGGAAGAUAGAAAUGUAUCAACCAGCUACAUUUCUUGCUCAUUCCUUCUAAAUCAGUUGGCUCAGAAGACAUCAAAUUCUGUGAGAUUUAAAAGACCUGAAAUAAAGCUACUUUUCUGGGUAUGAUAACUUCAGCAUCAUGAAAAUCAGAUAUCCACUAUUUCUUCUAGGGUUCUAUGUCUUGGUCCUUUUGAAAACUGCUGUGUUCAAGAAAACCAAAGAUUCUCAAUGUCGUCGUAGAAGGUGUCCCCAAAAUGCCAUUUGUGUCAACAAGACCCACUGUGCCUGUGAGAAUGGAUUUGUUACUACGAGUGGGGAGAAAUACUUCAGUGACUUUCUGGAGAUCUGUGACGAUCUUAAUGAAUGUUUACCACCCAUUAAAAUCCAUUGUGGUAAGAAUGCAAGCUGUAUUAAUACAUAUGGAGGUUAUUACUGUGGUUGCAACACAGGAUAUUCACUUCCUUCUGGGGAGACGAAAUUCCCAAAUCCUAUGGAUUGUCAAGAUAUUAAUGAAUGUGAAACAAUCUUUGUUUGUGGUCAGAAUGCAAACUGUGUUAAUACAGACGGAAGUUUCCACUGCAUCUGUACCACUGGAUAUGCACUUCCUUCUGGGGAGAAUAAAUUCUCAGAUGCCGUUAUGAACAAUUGUCAAGGUAUUUCCUGGUGCUCUAAACUUGACAAUGAUACAUUUUCAAGAAAUUGUUCCAUACAACCAGGUGCUACCAACUUUCUAGAUGGCCACAGAGAGAUUUGCGCUAGUUUACAGAAUUUAUCCUCUGCAUGUCGAAAUGGCACAGCUCCACUUACUUUAGAGUAUAUUGCCAAUCAUUUUGACAAUUUUCCAGUCCAGCUGAAUGGAACCAAAGAAGAAAUAGCUCAGGUAGUGACCGUGUUUCUUGAGACUACACAGAAAGUUGCAUAUGAGUUUGCUCUCAAUCUCCCUUCUGGAAGUCAAUUCUCAGUAAAGAAGAAAUUAAUAGCUAUUACAACAUUGACCAUUGAGGGUUACUGUGACAAAAACAACUUAACAUUUGAACUGAAGGCUGGAAAUGAAGUGAUGGAUCUUAAUUGCACCCUAAUUGCUGAAAAAGACUCAAAAGGUGCAGUUGUUUUUAUUUCUUACAUUUCCAUUGGAUCCAUAAUAAAUGGGACAUUUAUUGCCAAGGAAAAUCUUGACAUCAAUGAAGAACUAGAAAACCUUUAUCUGAACUCCAAGGUAGUGAGUGGGACAACUGGAUAUAGGAAUGCUAACCUAUCCACACCUGUCAUCUUUACUUUUCAACACAACCAUAUGAAGAAUAUGAAAGAAAAGUCUCUUUGUGUUUACUGGGAUGACACAGUCUGGUCCAACAAAGGCUGUAAAACCAUCUCUUUCAAUGACAGUCACACUGUGUGCAGCUGCAGCCACUUCUCCAGUUUUGCAGUACUCAUGGCAUCUGUGGAAUUGAAAGAAGAUUUCGUGCUGACUAUCAUCACCUAUGUGGGGCUGGGCCUCUCCCUGCUCUGUCUCUUUCUGGCUGCCCUCACCUUCCUCCUGUGUCGAGCCAUCCGGGGCACUGGCACCUUGCUCCACCUCCAGCUCUCCUUGUGCCUCUUCCUGGCCAACCUCCUCUUCCUCACCGGAAUUGAACGAACAGAACCUAAGAUCAUGUGUUCCAUCAUUGCUGGGGGAUUGCACUACCUAUACCUGGCUGCUUUCACUUGGAUGUUCCUGGAAGGGCUGCACCUUUUCCUCACUGUCAGGAACCUCAGGGUUGCCAAUUACACCAGUGCCAGCCGGUUCAAAAAAAGAUUCAUGUACCCUUUUGGCUAUGGAAUUCCAGCUGUGAUCGUGGCUGUGUCAGCAGGAAUUGUCCCCCAGGGAUAUGGAACAAAACACUAUUGCUGGCUGAAUCUACACAGGGGAUUUGUCUGGAGUUUUAUGGGACCAGUGUUUAUCAUCAUCUUGAUCAACUUAUCUUUUUAUUUUACAACCCUAUGGAUUUUGAGAGACAGACUUUCAUCACUCAACAAAGAAGUGUCCACCAUCCAAAACACCAGGACCCUGACAAUUAAAGCCCUAGCUCAGCUCUUCAUCCUGGGCUGCUCCUGGAGUCUUGGCUUCUUUCUGAUUGACUCUAUAGCUGAAUCAAUCCGAUUAAUCAUUGCCUAUGCCUUCACCAUCAUCAAUUCCUUGCAGGGAGUCUACAUCUUCCUGGUACACUGUGUCCUCAAUCGCCAGGUUCAAGAAGAAUAUAAGAAAUGCUUUAAGAGAAGUAAGGAAAGGACUGAAACAGAUACCUAUGUGCUGUCUUCUUCAACCAGUCACACCAGAACACUGGAAAGAUAAUUGAAGUUUAAAAGGAAUAAAAGAUAUCACCUCUGCCUGAAAGGAUCUCACUGAUCACCUCAUCAACAGACUCCAGCUCUUGGGAAAGAAGAAACAGACUGGAUCUAUAUAUAAAUCACGCAUUCAUUUUCUCCUUCUCUUUCCCCGUAGAAAUAAUUCUAACUCCUCAUAUCCUCCUUUUCUGAUUUUAUAAGUUCUUACUUUCAAUAUUGAUAUUGCAAUAAUAUUGUCUGCUCUUUUAUCAUAAAUGUAGAGAGUUUCAGCUAUGUUAUGGUGUGAACAAGAUUCUGUGGGCUAGUCUGGGAAUGUGACCACCAAUGAUUAAACAGUUUUCACAUUUCUAGUUUCAAACAACCAGUUCAAGAAUAAAAUUUGAUCAUAUAACCCAUUGUUACUUAUCAGUUUUUAUAGUUACUUUGUAACCCUAUAAACUAUAAGCAACAUCAAAAUAAUUACUACUACUAUUGAGUCAUUUCUCAAUAUUUUAUUUAUCAAUAUGCACAUUAUUUUGGGCUAGUUACAUAUAUGAAAAGAAUAAAGCUAAGUUUUUGCUGCAUUAAUCUCAUUGAUAUGGCACACAAGAGGCUACCAUCUUUUUUGCAUUAAUGAACCUGGAAAGAUUCAAUGAACAAAAGUUAAAAAUUUGAUGCCAAAGAGAGAAACUUAAAAAAAGUUAGAAUUCACAUUUAUGUUUACAGUUGUAAAAUUAAAUAUGGUUCUAAAUCUUUAGUAUCAAUAUCCUUGUCAUCUACAAGGUUGUGAUAUUUGCCAAUAAAAAAGAACAACAGAAUGUAAGCAUUCUAAAUGAGACCCAAUCUUCCAUUCAAGGAUAUAAAAGUUCAUUAGAGCAGGUAGAAAGUUGGUUGCUAAUACCAAAUGUUUGCUGAAAUGAAAUAGAUAUCUUUGGGAAUGCUACCAGAAAAGUCACAAGAUACUGCUAAAGUUUGAUGACUUAAAUGAAGGUGAAAAAAGUCAAAAUGCUUUGGUAUAUAAUUCAGGAAUUAAAUUUUGCAGAAAGUCACUCAGGACAUCACCAAGCAUUACAGCUCAGCUCAGCUAUCAGUCACAAAUCACUACAGCUGCAGGAGAAAGGAGGGGGAGAUGGGGCAGUUUCCAAGUCCCAAGCUGAUCACUCCAGUUAUUACCAAGGCUUUGACUAAAGGUAAGGGAAAGUCAGAAACGCACGUUUCACCUUAAUUCAGAGAAAUAAGUAAAUAAACAUUUUUCCUUCUAAAUCUUUAAGUUCUUUACAUUUUUAUCCAUUUUAACCCCACUCCUAUUCAAUCAUAAGAUUUUAGUGAUCAAAGACAUAAUUUAGAACUUUAGGGUUAAAGAGCACUUUCCUUAGAAUAGACCUGUGAACUAGGGUGGGUAGUUUAUUCCCAUUUUACAGCUGAGGCUUUAAUGAAAUCAGGGAGUCAAGGAGGAAGAGCAUUGAGAUCAACCAGUAAAAAUGCUUGGAGUUAUACAAAUUUUUAAAGAAAAAAAUUAAAUGAGUUAUAGGAGAAAUAGACAGUAAUAUUAUACUAGUGGUGGACUUCAAUUUUCCACUCUUAUGAUUAGAUCUAAUCAUAAAAUAAACAAGAAAGAAGUUAAAGAGAUGAAUGGAAUUUCAAAAAUGUUAGAAUUAUGGUGGUUGUUGAGUUCUUUUUAAUCCUGUCUCUUUCUGCCCUUAUUUAGGAUUUUCUUGGCAAAGAUAUUG